AACCCCACCCAGAACCUGUUCGGCGACGGCUUCGGGGAAAACAACAAGGGGAAGGGCUACCAGGACAACAUGAGCCAGGGUCUUGGGUGCCAGAAGCUCUACGGCACAAACUCCAAGGACCCCAGGGCCAUCUCAACCAGGACAAUGAAGUACGGCGACAUCUUUUCUUUGACAUGCAGCGUUGGGAACGGUUACCCAGAGUUCGGUUGCCGCGCCAUGAACCAGUUCACACGCCUCAAACCGGCGAGCGCGUUGCUCUCGGAUGCCUUCAGGGUCAAGGUUUGCGACUUCGGCUUGGCGCGCUGCGGCAUGCAGUUCGACGCGGAGGCUCGGCGAGCAGAGCAGCCAGCGCUCUACGAUCCAGCCCCGCCUCAAGCUGCAGGGCCGCUAGAACCGAACCAGGAAGCGGACGAGGGCAGCAGCGCCGAGAGCAGCGACGAGGGCUGCAGCGACCUCGAGACCGCAGAGAAAAAGGAGGAGGAACAGAGCCAGGAGGAGGAAAGCCAGGAGGAGCAGAGCCAGGAGGAGGAGAGCGAAUUCCUCGACGAGAAGCUCACGGCCGCCGCUUUUCUCGAGCGCGAGCUUCGCCUGGAGAGCCGCCUUCUCCGCGAGGCAAACGAGCAGCUCCAGGGCCGACUGGACCACCUGGAAGAGAACAGCUCCUUGGAGCGCGAGAACAAGCGCCUCGGGCUCGAGCUGCGGAAGGCGAGCGAGGAUGACGACGUGCUGACCGAGCUUGCGUCGGAGUUGGGGGAUGAGGACAGCGGCGCCUACGGCGAUGGCGAUAUGGGCGAUGGCGACAGCGAGGAAGGUGACCUGGGCAUCAGGCUGGCCGCUGUCAUUUGCUGCUCUUUUGCCAUGGCCUUCCCAGCAGACUGGACCGACGACAUCGAGCAGCGGGCUUCCAGGUGCAACGAGGUUGCGAACGCGCCCGUCGCAGGCGGCCACAACGCUGGAACGGGUCACAACAUCGCUUUGACUGGCGUGUUCAAGAACAUGAACUGCAUAGCGUCCAGCAGCGCCUCUCACGCGGUGGACGUCUUCGCCGUGGACGGCGCCACCCCUGCCGGCGAGAUUGGUCAGACAUCCCGCACGGGAGGGCCGUUCGCCAGUGCUGAGCCGCGCGGAUUGAAGGGUGAGUUGGGCACAACUCCGACGUCGUUUUCGCUCCUGCUGGUGCCUGGCGAAAACUCGAAGCGCAUCGUCGUCAAGCAGCUGUGCUUCCCAGACAAGGUGGACGAGAAUGUGGCCGCUAAUCUCUGCACGGGCACGCCCAUGGGCUUCCAGAUCAGGGCCUCCUGUCUGGAAGAGCUCCAGCGCGGCGGCGGGCACGGCCACGAGACAGCGGUUUACACUGACGAAGGUCUCGAUUACAUCGUGGCGAAGGCCCAGGAGGUUUUGUCCGACCGAAGGCAGUUGGGCAUGGCGCGGUGGAUCCACAUGGAGGCGCAGGACGAGGCCUCUCCGAUCCUCAACUGGCCGCACGGCACCAUCGAGAAGGCUCUGAACACCAUCGCGACCGAGGGAUAUUUGGCCAAAGUGUUGCACAAUUGGCUUAUGACACUUGCCGUGCUCGAGCCCUCGCUUUUGCGGGCCCUGAAAAUGAUCGGGGCAAGCCUCGGCGACGCGUCCAUCGCGUGUUUCGGCGUGCCAGGCGCGGGCAAGACACCCGCUUCUAUCGCCGUCGCCCUGACGCGGAGCAGGGGAUUGGGAGGCGGGCCGUCCUGCGCGUCUGAAAUUGGCGUCUUUCGCCAGCUCGUGUCGACGCCCAAGUGCCCCGUCAUGUUGGGCAACUUCGAUAGUUCGUCGGUUCCCGCGAAGGCGAUGGAGGUGUUUUUGGACGUCGCGGUCGGCGACAGGGCGACUUGGGCGAUGGGGCGGACGCAGGUUCGCAACUGGAUGUUUCUCACAGAUGGGAUCCGGUCGAGCCCGCUGCCGCUCGUCUACAGCUCAGCUGGCUGGGGCAUGGCAGAGAAGUGCGCUUGUUGCAGUUACCCGCUGGCCAGUGCUCGCGAGACGAUCGCGGCGCGCGUGGACCUGACGGGCACACGCGACGCGAUUCACGCCCUCAAGCGUUGUUCCAACAAGUUUUGCAGAGUGCGCCACGGGUACAACUAUUACGUUAUCAAUGGCCAGCACGUCAACACUCUAUCCGCCCGCGACAUGAAGGACGGCCUGCUGUUCGCAUCCGCGGCCCGGGCCUGGGCGACAAGGUAUCUGCAGUGCCGCGAGAACCUGUUCUUCCGUGGCGUUGCGUCGUCGCGCAGCGUCGAGUGGUCGCAUGAGGAUGCGUUCAGCGCCGAGGGCUUGGCGGUCGACUUCCGCAAACAGCACAACGACGCAAUGUUAUAUUUCAUGGCAGUCAAGGGCAGCGUGGAGGAGUUGGUAGCAGACGGCCAUCAGAAGGCGCGGGCACUCAGUUGUCACUGGAAUGGGGCGACGUCGGCGGCGGGCGACGUCGGCUGCUGCACUCGCGGCUGGUUCAUGGCCAUUGACGCGAGCUCGCACCAGAUCUUUACGGAUGUGGGGGAUGAGAUCUCCCGCGCGUGUUUUGGCGAGGCCCUGCCCCUGCGCAGUGGCGUCAACUGCCUCAUCAUGGGUCGCGCGCGUUCCUUUGCGCCCUCGGCGUCCAAAGAUUGGAAAUACAAGCAGCUGAAACAUUACUCGGUGGGCAAGUUUCACCGCAAGUACCGCGUCAGCGCGUGCAAACGCAAUCCGCAUCGCAUCGACCGCUUGGAGCGCCGCCUCAGCAAAGUCAACAGUUCUAUCGCGGAGAUCACUGUCGUCGCUUUUCUGCGGGGCAAGGGGGCGUCCGCCGCGCGCAAGAACCGCGGGCCCGCGACGGCGCGGGCCGCCACGGAGAAGAAGAAUAAGAACAAGGGCAAGAAGAUGACGAAGAAGCCCGCGCAAAGCGACAUGGUUAUCGCUAGGACGCCGGCUCAAAAGACGAAGGGCAACAAGUGA